AUGGAUAUUGGAGAAAUCAUUGGCGAAGUUGCUCCUUGUGUGAGUAUCCCAACAAAGAGCGCCAUAUACGUUUGGGGCUACAAUCAAAGCGGACAAACCCGUAGGAAAGGGCAAGAGAAGCAUUUGCGUAUCCCGAAACAGCUUCGUCCUGAGCUAUUUGGCUGCCCCGCUGGUGCUAAUUCGCGCUGGAACAUACACAUACAGCCGCGGUUGCAUCAGAUGGAUCCCUCUGCUUUUGUACUUCGAAAUGAAAAGGUGUGUAGGACAAGUGAGGAAGCUAGCAGCAGGAGGUGGUCACUCAGCUGUUUUAACCGAUGCAUUCUCGUUGAAGGAGCUGUGUGA